AUGAAUCCGAGCAAAGACAACUUCACCAAAGAGGAAUCCAUGAACAGAAACCCGAACAUGAAGAGAACAGAGCCAAUGUUCUCGAAUAUCUCCGGAUCGCCACUCUUCACCGCCCUCCCACCGCCUCUUGUUUCCCCCACUCGCUCUCUUCUCCACGCUCUUUGUUUUGCAUCAGGGAUUGUAUUGGAUUUUGCUUAUUUUGAUCUCUCAUCUUUUCUCAUUCUCUCUCAUUUGCGCGCUGAUCGGCCACUUUAUCUCUCAGAUUGGGGUCUGUCAUCGCUGACAGAGUUCAUUAGAACGUUUUUGUCACUGCGCACCUUGCGUCUUCCGAUUGCCUUGCGACACACGUUUGUGGUCACGAUCUGCACGGACAGUUGUCCCCCGAGUUGUCGACUCAUCCGGCUUUAG